GGCUCAGAUUCCGUGUUGCUGUGGUGUAGGCCAGCGGCUGUAGCUCCGAUUCGACUCCUAGCCUGGGAACCUCCACGUGCUGCAGGUGAGGCCCUAAAAGGCCAAAAAAAAAAAUGAAGAAGGAAAUCAGUAAGGAAAGCACACAUCUAGACAAAAGGGUAAAGGAUACGCAUAGGCAGUGCACAAAGUCCUGCAAAUGGCCAAUAAAAAUAUUCGGCUCACUAAUAAAAACAUGCUGAUGACAAUAAAAAUUUUUCUUUAAUAUGAUUUUGCCCUGCUGACACAAAUAUUGGGAACUGGGCACGCUGUACGUUUGUUGCUAGGAGGAGAAACUGGUAUGUAACCAGAGACGGUUCAUUUGGCCCCUUGAACGUGUCCCUCCCCCGUCUUUCCUGGUUCAGCAAGCAAGGCAUGGCUCCACCACUCAUCCAGUGGCGGAGGCCCCACAUCGCAAAGCCAUCUUUUUGAUUCUUUCUCACAACCUCUGUUCUGCCAGUCUGUCAAUGCUGCUCUUCAGAACAUGCGUGGGAUCCGGCUUGGGAUCCGGCUGUGUCCGGCGCCGUCCUCUCUCCUGUGGAGUGCUUGCUGCAGUAGCCCUAACCCCAUUUGUUCUUCCUACCGUGUGCAGAACAGCUAGCGAGGUCUUUUAAGCCUGUCUCUUCCCCACGUAGAAUUCUCUUCAAAGGAUCCAGGCUCCUCACUCUGCUCCGCAAGGUCCUGUGUUAGCUGGCCCUUGCCUGCCUCUCCCACUCAUUCCCGCUCUCCUUUUUGCUCUUUAGCCACACUGACCUGCCGGUUCGUCCAGUCCUCCAAGCUCCUUCCUGCCUCAGGGACUUUAUUAUUCACUCUUCUUACUGCUUCCAACAACAUUGCUCAGACCCAGGGGGCCCAUUCCUUUGUUAGCCUGUUCUCCCUUCAAAUGGCGUCUCCUUGGGCCCUCUUCCCCCCACCCUGUUCAGGUAGCAUCCCCCUGCCUUCUCCACCCCCAGACUUGAUUUUACUUCAUGCUGGUCCAUACCUGCAAGGAUGAGUUUUUUCUGUUUCUUCCUUCCUCAAGAGAAUGUAAACUUCAUAAGGGACUUUGUAUUCACCUCUCUUCCUGCAGCGUCUCAAAUAGUCCCUGGUACAUAGUCGGCAUGUAAUAAAAGUUACUUGAAUAAGUGAGUGAAUGAAAUGAUUGGUAGGAGGAUAAACUGGUAUAAAGAUAUGUGAAGAAGGAUUUUUAUUGCAACAUUGUUUGAAAUUAUAAAUCACCUAAGUAUUUACUAAUAGGAAUCCUAUUGAGUAACUCAGGGUCUAUUACAAUAGAACAGGAACUUCCCAAUAGGUUAAAUCCCCUGAUCCCCUGUUCCCAAACUGCCGAGGUACCACAGCAAACUCACAGGGGCCCAGCAAGAUUUUAAAUUUUCAGAAGCAGCACAGGAGGGCAGUAGCAUUUGCCUGCUCUCCUGGGAACUACUAGAUUGGGUAGUUUCAGCAUUAGAUGGCGCCAGAUCCCUUUCGAUGACGUCAUAUCUUUGUGAAGCUGGGUUUUUUUAGUAGUUGCUAAAUACUGGGCAAAAAUCAGUGUGGAGUGUCGUGGUCCUAUUUGAUUCCAGGAUUUGAGAAGUUAUGCAAUGCCUAACAGGUGUCAUAAGUUAGUUGUGGUUAUUUGGGAAAUAAGUAAAAAAAAUUUUUUUUUUGUCUUUUUAGGGCAGCACCCAUGGCAUAUGGAGGUUCCCAGGCUAGGGGUCCAAUCGGAGCUGUAGCUGCCAGCCUAUGCCACAGCCACAGCCACUCAGGAUCUAAGCCUUGUCUUGUGUGUCGAUGUACACUGCAGUUCACAGCAACACUGGAUCCUUAACCCACUGAGCGAGGCCAGGGAUCGAACCCACAUCCUCAUAGAUACUAGCUGGCUUUGUUAACUGCUGAGCCAGGACAGGAACUCUUAAAAAUGUUGUUUUCAUUUUAAUAUUAAAAUGAUACUUUUCUAGGUUUACAUGUACUGCUUUGUCAAACAGCUAAGUUGCCAGUGUGUAUACUUCUCGUUGGAUCUAGGUAUUUAAUAAGUGGAUCUGUUAUGGCCUAGGGAGAGUUAGUGAAGCACUAAGGGCACUUUGAUAAAGUUUAGGAAUUUGGAUAAAUGGAAAAAUUACUCAGCAGUGUGCAGAUUGAGUCCAUUUCUCUAUCAGUCUGGAAGGACGUUGUUGAGCUGUCACACUGCCUGGCUUCCAGUUCUGUGAAGAAACCUCAGCUGCGUGGCCUUCUGGCCACGCAUGUGCGAUUUCAUAUCAGUGCAUUUGCUAUAUCCCUGGGAGGUGUGGCUUUUUCUCAGUUUGCUGUGGCUGAACCAGGAAAGAAGACAUAAUGAGAUUUCUACAGAAAGUGUGAUUCCAUAAGAGAUUUUGAGGAGCUGAAGAAGGCUGGUAACUUCAAAGCGCAAAGUGAUUUUGGAAUGCAAAGAAUUUCUUUGGGUUGAGGUCCAUGGAAGUUUGUCACUUACGUAUGUUCCUGAAAUGUGAAACUCUGAAUAUCUGGGCUAAGGAAUAGUUUCGCUUAAUAAAUAAACAGUUAACAAAUACCGUGGGGGUGGGGGGACAGCAUACAGGGUAGAGGCCUCGUGUGUGUAAAAGUGGGAACAUAUUUACGCCUUUUUUUUUUUUUUUUUUCCCUUUCUUGGCCACCCCGAGGCAUUUGGAGUUCCCAGGCCAGGGAUGAGAUCUGAACGGCAGUCGCAGCCUAAGCCACCACUGUGGCAGCACUGGAUCCUUAACCCACUGUACAGGAUCUGAACCUGCAUCCCAAGAUGCCGCCGAUCCCAUUGAUCCAUGAUGGAAAGGCCUGCGUUUGCAUUUUUUAAAAAGUGUGGGAGUCUGUUUACAGGCGUCAUCUCUGGGAUGUAGGACUCUGGGGGACUGAUUUUGCUCUACCUUGCUUGCAGUUUAUGUGGUGCUCCAGUAUUUAGAGGGGCCAACAGUUCCGCUUUGGUUAGGAGGAUGGAUGGGUCCGGGGCUUCGUGGGCCACAGAUGGUGUUGAAAGGUAGAGUGUUUUCCAGGAGUCCUGGUGUGGAGGGCGUGUCAAAGUGCGGAGGGCCCUUCGAAUCGGCUGCAGAAUAGAGCAGUUGCCUUUGCCCUUGUGAGGUGGGUUUGGGUAUUGCCGAGGGAGGGGAAGAAAGCGGGGAGGGUGGGUGCUGGGGCUUCAUGCGAAGCUUGCGCAGUCGGGGGAGAUGGGCUCAUGAUGACACCUGAAGGAGUUGACCCCUAUUCAUUAAAAGCAGCCAUCCACCACGGAAAGCACAAUUCAACGUGAUUACACCCCAGUUUCUUCCAAGGAAGGUUUAAAACAGUAACCACACUCUUUUAGGUGGAGUGUGGGCUGCAGUGGUGAAUCAGAAGAUUAUCCUUGUCUUUAGGUUAUUUAUAAUCCAGAGAGGGAUUUCCUGUACGUGCAACAGAUAUUUACUGAGCCCCUACCGUGUGCUGGUUACUUUGCUAAGCGCUGAGGAUAUAAAGAUAAACGAAACGUGAUCCUUGCCCUCAAGGAUUGCAGUCCGGUGGGAGAGAUAAAUGUGUAAACAAGUAAAGUUGGGCUGAGAACCUAGGUGUGGAUAAGGCUAGGAAGAGUUAGAGAAUACUUUAUAAAGAGGUGACAUUUGAACCGGGUCUUAAAAAUGAGUGUAAGUUUACUGGAAAGGGGGGCAUGGGAAGAAAAGGAGUUUUGAACCGUCUCCUGUAGUUGGAGCAUAAGCUGUGGAGGGGGAUGUGGUACCCAGUAAAGCUGUGCAAGUGGCUUGAAGCCAAGUUAUAAGGACCUUGUGUGCUUGGCGAAAGGCCAAGGAAAGGAGCCGACCAAGGUGGAGGGGCCUUGGGAGGAGACUUAGAAGCAGCAGCCAGAAAGGCAGCAAGAGAGCGUGAGCUUCAAGGAAGUGGCCCAUGCGCAGUGCAUCACAGGGCGGCACACUGAGACUGAGGCGGGUCUGCUGGAUUCGGCGGAGGAGCUCCCUGGCCUGUCAGGAAUGGCUGCAGGGAUGUGGCAGUAGCAGAGGAGGUGUGACAGUUUGGUAGUUGGUAGCACUCGUAGUCAGUGCAAUUUGCUGAUUUGUAUUCACCUGUUUUUCCAGCACAGGCACAUUCAAAAUGGGUUCAGAUCCUGACUCUUGCACGUUGUAGUUGCAUGACCUUGGGCCUCUUUGUUUUGUAAUCUAAAAUGGAGACAGUGGUGCGUAUUUUAUAAGUUAGUUGUGAAGGUAACUAUAAAUCAGCCAGUGGAGUUCCCGUUGUGGCUCAGCAGAUUAAGGACCUGAUGUUGUCUUUGUGAGGAUGCAGGUUGGGUCCCUGGCCUGGCUCAGUAGGUUAAAGA